AUGGCGCCAGGGCUUGACGAGAAGGAGGUAUAUCUCACUCUGUGCCAGGUCUUCUGGGGACCGGCUGCUCAACUCCGCAAGGCUAAGAAAGUUGAGCACAGGCUUCGGCUCUGCCAGCAGCCAAAUACAUACAACCCUGAAGCCGCUGCUUUAAUUGGGAAGUACCAGAUUAAAAACGUACUCUCCGUCUGCCAGAAGCUUUUGAGAGCAGGAGUGUUUCAAAGUAGGAAGAGGGCAGAGGCUCGUUUCCCUGGCAUACUCCAUCCGGCAUUGAGUGCAGAAAAUAAGGAAGCAAGAAAGAGAAAUAAAUUUAAGGGCAAGAUGAAAGCCGAGAAUAAAACAGUCGAAAACGAGACGAAAGUCGAAGACAAAACGGAAGUCAAGAACAACGAGACGGUCGAAACCCCAACAGCAAACCCAACCAGCAGCAUCAGCUCAGAUACCAUCGCCGAGGCCCAAUCAGAGGGUCGUCAGGUUGAAUUCGACCCCUUCAUUCUUGACCACAUGGCCAACGAUACCCACUAUGCAGACGCGAAUGGUGAGACGAACCGUCGUCAAGACCCCAAGUAUGGGCCCAUGGCUGACCACUGUCGCGCAGAACAACCAUUACCUGCGGCUGCAAUCAACGCGGAUGCCCAAACAAUGGCAUCGGUUGCCGCUCCUGCUCCAAAGCCGAACCUAACCAGUCGUCCGUUCGUGUCGUCUCAUCUGCAGACGGGCCCAACGUUUCUAUCGUACGAGGCGCAACACGUCCUUCUUACCAGGACCCAAGAAGUCCUCGAAAAGGCGUGUUUCAUCUACGCGACGCGACACAUGCCCCAGGUCCUCCAAGCACGACACUGGGACGUCCCCGAAUGUGGCGAGCUCCAUAUCUGGGCGCGCCUCCUCAAGACCGAGGCGAAGACCAGGUUCAACAACAAGGAUCUUCCGUACCCGUACUUGAACUGGGACAGCUUCUUCAAAUCCAUCGUCCACCUCCGUCACAAGGCCGUCCACCGCAAGCAACUCAAGGGCAGCGACGUCGAGCUCUACCUUCGUGACGCCGAGGCCCUCACGAGGCUCCUCUGCGACGACGAGGGCGCCGCGACGCUGGCGAGGUAUCGGGAGCAGACCCGGAGAUCCCUGGAGCAGUUCGAAUUCUGCAAGAAGAAGCUUUCGACGAGGUUCCAGGCCAAGAUGGACGUCAUCAACGCUCGGCGCGCAGAGUUAGACGAGCUCGAGCGACAGGCCAACCAGCACUUGGUCCUGGCGGACAAGGAGGUCCAGGCCAAACUAGGCUCUGAUCUCAAAAAGGCGAUUAUGAAAUCGGAGGUUCCGCAAAUUAAGAAAGAGCAAGAGGAUGAGGAAGGGGAUGAAGAAGAAGAGGACAGCGAUGAUCUCGAAGACCACACGACAUCGAACGGUAUUGGGGUGUUAUUCAACAACCUCAUACUUUUAUGCAGACGUUUGAAUCGUGGUUGA